ACACAAAAAGCCUGAUGGGGCAGCGUAAAGUGUCAGAAAACAACAGAGACGUCAAAGGAGCAGCUCCCUCAGUCAUCUGCAGCCAUGAGCGGACUGGGACGGCUGUAAGAAAAAAACACAAGCAAGAAGUUUGCCAUCAGCUCUGCAUCUGACACAAGGGUUGGACUUGCGGGGAAAGGGAAGCCUACUCCUGGAAAAGAGAGAUCUUCAGGCGUGAACGUUGCACAUCUUGGGAGAUAACUACAUCAAUGAGGACACCUGGCAUGGCGGUGUUCAAGCAACAGAGUGUGGAGGACUUCUACGAAAUUGGGGAAGAGCUGGGGAGCGGGCAGUUUGCAAUCGUCAAGCGCUGCAUAGAGAAGAGCACAGGAACAGAAUAUGCAGCCAAGUUCAUCAAGAAGCGUCAGAGUCGGGCCAGCAGACGUGGUGUGAGAAGAGAGGAGAUUGAGAGGGAGGUGGACAUCCUGCAGCAACUCCAACACCCCAACAUUGUAGCGCUGCACGACGUGUACGAGAACCGCACAGACGUGGUGCUCAUCCUCGAGCUGGUCUCAGGAGGAGAGCUGUUUGAUUUCUUGGCUCAGAAGGAGUCUCUCAGCGAAGAGGAGGCCACUCAGUUUAUCAAACAGAUCCUGGACGGAGUCCAGUACCUCCACUCCAAGCAGAUUGCACAUUUUGAUCUAAAGCCUGAAAACAUAAUGCUGCUGGACAGGAGUGUUCCUUUACCCCGCAUUAAGCUCAUAGACUUUGGACUUGCACACAAAAUAGAAGCCGGGGCAGAUUUCAAAAACAUUUUUGGCACCCCUGAAUUCGUUGCUCCAGAGAUAGUCAACUAUGAGCAACUGGGAUUGGAAGCAGACAUGUGGAGCAUUGGAGUCAUCACUUAUAUACUUUUGAGCGGUGCCUCUCCUUUUCUUGGCGACACGAAGCAGGAAACGCUGGGAAACAUCUCGGCGAUGAACUAUGAGUUUGAUGAAGAGUUCUUCAGCAACACUAGCGAGCUGGCCAAGAGCUUCAUCCGACAGCUCCUGGAAAAGGACACGAGAAAACGGUUGACUAUACAAGACACCCUGAACCAUCCUUGGAUUAAGUCCUGCGGCCCCAUGGAAGAGGACAGCGCCGCCCGUGAGGCCGAGAAGAAAGCAGAGCAGCUGAAGACAAAACGUCUAAAAGAGUACACUAUCCAGUCUCACUCCAGCAUGCCACAGAACAACACGUACGCCAACUUUGAGCGCUUUGCUCAUGUGGUUGAAGACAUCAGCUUGAUGGAGACGGGGCUCGUAGAGGUGGCAGGAGCACACCAAACCCUGCAAGGUGACAUAGAAGCUCUGCUCUCCAUCUACAAUGAAAAGGAGGCCUGGUACAAGGAGCAGAGUGAAACUGCGAGGAAACAGCUCUCCCUGGCCGGCUACGAGUUUCGUAAAGUCGAGGCCACCAGGAGGCUUCUACAGGAGGACCUCAAGUGUAUAGAUGCCAGCCUGGAGAGCAUCAGCGGGAAGUAUAACCACAGGCAGGGCCAGCUUGAUGCUCUGAGGCAGGAGUUGAACUCUGAGCUGCAGUGGCUGCAGGAGGUCAUGAGCUCCGUGCAUCCCGAAGGAGCCCGCAGCAGCAUCCAGAGCAGCGGCCUGAGCACAGGUGUAAAGCAAGCACUGAAGGAGCUGCUCCAACAGUCCUAUGGAGGGGAACUGUGCCCCGAACCCAAACAGCCACUCACAGAGUCAGGCUGACAAACACCAACGAAGACACACUGUUGUUGACCUUAAAAACGCAAAUGUGAUUUUGAAAACUUAACUUUAGUACAGAUCCAAGACGUUGAUUUCUUUUGUCAGAAAUGUUGGCAGAGACUUUUGAAUGUAUCUAUUACCUAUGUAUCUAUUUUUUCUUGUGUAAAUAAGAUAAAAAUACAGUGUUGUGGAAAUAAUUCUCUCCAGAUAAAGGAACAGUAGGUAUACACAUAGGAAAUUUGGAAAAUAUACGUAUUUUUUUCUCUUGAAAAGUUAAAUGAGAUUAUGGAGCUACAGGCCACAUUUAGCAAAAAGACCAGAUACAGGAGAAAAACUGGCCUUGACAAAACAAACAAAAAACUAAGCUAAGCUAAGCUAAGCUAAGCUAAGCUUUUUUUUUUACAGUGUCAUUGUUGUGAACUCUAUGUAAGUGAGCAAAAUGUCCAACAAACUAUUCCUUUCAGCUGGAUAAUUAUGACACUGGUUUAUUCUUAACAUGAAGCGGUAGAUGAUUAAACAAGAUUUGGUCUUUGGUCUUUUCCAAGUUUAUCCCAUUUGGAAUAAAUUUUACAGUGUCGUGGUCAGGAGAAGACACUGGAUCAAGUAAUAUGUUUUUUUAGUGGAAUGUUACAGAACUUUUAUAAUUGAUUGAUUUUUGUUUCAUUCCAUAGUUUUUUUUUACAGUGUGUUGUUUUUUUAAUAGCGGUUACCCAUUUGUAAAGUUACAUCCGUAGAAAUUGUUCUUGGAUUCAAAUGUGCACUUUUGGUUGAAUUUAUUUAUUUAUUUUAAAUAUCUCAGUUUUUCUUUCUUUCUUUGAAGAUGUUCUGUGAGCAGUAAAAACAGCAUCGAUGAUAAGAUCUCACAUGUACAAACACCUCUCACUUCCUUAUCUGUGUUUUUUUUUAAGCAUCUCGUCACCUUUUUUAUUUGCAUUCAGACAUUUCCGUCUAACCAGAAAUAAAUUUCAGUCGUUUAUUGGGAA